GAGUUCUAUAACAUAUAAAAGUGUUUAAUAUUGAAUUGUACAGAAAACUCCUAAAUCAUAAUGAUGUUUGGUUCAAGUUUUGUUUUGUUGGCUUUUGCUGCAACUGUUGCAGUUCUAGGGAGUGAAACUAAAUUUGAUUGUUCACGAGAAGGUGAAGAGUAUAAGCAUUGCGGUUAUGCUUGUCCUUUCACAUGCACUCAACCGCAACCAAGACUUUGCACUUUGCAAUGCGUUCCAGGAUGCUUUUGCAAAAGAGGACUCUUCAGAGAUGAGAGAAGUGGAGAAUGCGUGACCAAAUCGCAAUGCAAUGAAAUUAUGCUUGAAAAACUCAAAAUGUUUUAUUAUAAAUAAAUACAUCAUAAAUAACGUAUA